AUGUUUAAACAGGUGUUCCUCGUAUCCACAUACUGCUGCCAAUUUGAUAUGAACUAUUUUAAAGAAAAUGCAGAUGGAGAGACAAACUUCAUAUCAGGCAUGCAAAUCACAGAGGCGCUGGAAGUUUUUGUCGAUGGUCGGAAAUAUAAACCCGGCCGCAACGAAAUAGAAGGUCAUGUUCUGCUUUACGUUUUCGACGCACGCGACACCAUCACUUUUCUGGACAAUUCGAUGGUCAUCACCCCGUCCUCACAGUUCGACGUGAACGUGCAUGUCUGGACCAUCGACUCUUCAGAUUACGUCAAAGACUUAUCUGUGGAAAGCAGAGGCUGUAUCUUGGAAACGAUUUCAAUGGGAGAAACCAUAAUCAUACAUGUUUGUGUUACAGCUCACGAUCUCCGCGUGGACAUCCACAAACAGUGCUCUUGGGAACGGCUUAUCUGCAUUCACGAAAGCAUCCAUAAAGUGCUUGGCAACAUGAAAGGUGUUAUAGCUGACAGCGACUGUUAUGAGAGGUGCGAUUAUACGCAGUACGAUACAGAUGUAAAAUACACACAGCAACGUAGGAGAUUCGAUGAAGUGAGUGAAGGCUUCGCAAAGAUUAACGUGCACUUUGGUGACAAUAUCUGUAUGAAAUACAGGCGUGAGGUGCUUUACACGUGGGAUCAAGUACUAGCAAAUUUAGGAGGAAUUUUCGGCCUCUGCCUUGGCGGCUCCAUUAUAAGUUUAAUAGAACUAAUAUGGUUGAUAUUUGACCUGCUACUUAACGCAGUGAGAAACUUCCUUACGAAGAAUGUGAAUUCGAGGAAAAACUCAGAAAAAAAGCAUCAGAAAUUAAUGAAAAUUAAGACGAUAUCCAGCAAAGAUUUUAACAGCAAAUAUAAAUUUACUCAUUAA